AUGUUUAUCGACGAGAAGGAGACAUCAACCGCGGUACCAGAAAUCACAAACGACACGUCGGCAAGCCUGCCACCGCUCGCCGAACUGGCGGCGUCGCCCGACCCGGCUGCUGGGCUGUACAUCCACUCGAGAACGGGGGAGACGGUUCAGGUCAAGAUCCCGCGGGACUGCAUCGCUUUUCAGACAGGAGAGGCCCUUGAACGCAUUACAGGCGGCAGGUUCAAGGCGGUGCCACACUUCGUGAGGGGCGUCAGGGCGUCGGUGAGCGACGGCCGGGUCGCACGCAACACGCUGGCUGUUUUUACUCAGCCGAACCUCGGCGAGGAGGUCGACAUUGAGCAGCACAUAACGUUUGGCGAGUUUGCGCGGGGCAUCGUGGCUAAAAACACGGUUUCGUAG